CAGGAGACGUCAGUGAUUGCGGACCGUGGUGUCAACAAGACAUGAAUGACAUCAGCUGAUCAUAUAAUUAACAAAUUAUUUAAUUUUUCGGUCCGCCGCGAACUAUUCCAGCAUUCGUUCGAGAGUACAAACGAACCAGUAGAACUAUGGAGGGUAACAAAGACGAGGCGGCCAAGUGUAUAGAUCUGGCCGAGAAGUACAUCAAAGAGAAAAAUCGAGACAAGGCCGAGAAAUUCCUCUACAAAGCUGAAAAACUGUAUCCCACACAAAAAGCCAAAGAUCUGUUGUUGCAAAUCAACCUCAUGGCGCCAAGCAGCACCGAGACAGAGCAGCCUAGAAAGCGGAAGGUUGUCCUUACGAGAGCGGAGGAGACAGAGGUGAAAGUCGAGUACACCGCUGACCAGGAAGAGGCUGUGAAGAGAAUAAAGAAAUGUAAGGACUACUAUGAGAUUCUGUCGAUAAACAAGGACGCAACGGAUUCCGAGAUAAAGAAGGCUUACAAGAAACUAGCUCUGUUACUACAUCCUGAUAAAAACAAGUGCCCUGGGGCCUCAGAAGCUUUCAAAGCUAUCGGUAACGCUGUGGCAGUUUUGACCGACGUUGAAAAACGCAAGCAAUACGAUCUUUACGGUUCAGAGGAAGACCGCAUCUCCAGCAGAGGUGGCUCUUAUCAAACGUACACUAGAGGUUUUGAAUCAGACGCUACGGCUGAGGAGCUUUUCAAUAUGUUCUUUGGUUCAGGUUUCAGCGGAUCGAAUGUAUACGUAAGGAGAGGCGGGCGUUGGCAAAGACAGACCACAGGCAGUCAGCAGGAACAUCACACCCAUCACAGGGAGCAACAAAAUGGAUUCACUGCGUUCAUCCAGAUACUACCUAUAUUGUUGGCUAUACUGUUAUCGAUGGCAUCCAGCUUCUUCAUCUCCGACCCCGCUUACAGUCUGCAAGCUAGUUCAAAGUAUCCAGUUAUGCGCAAGACCCAAAACCUGAACGUGCCGUACUUUGUGAAGGAGAAUUUCCACUCGGAAUACCAGGGAUCCGUGCGGAGACUGGAGUUAUCGGUGGAGGAGGAAUACGUGUCGAACCUGCGUCACGCUUGUUACAGAGAGAAAAAUUACAGGGACUCGAUGAUGUGGAAGGCACGCAACUUCGGAGACCAGGAGCUGUGGCAGACGGCCCAGAACAUAAAAACGCCCUCGUGCGACGCCCUACACAACCUCAGGAACCGUGGAUAAUGUCUUGUGGGUAUUUAUUAGUUAGUUCCAAGUUUCACUGUUGACAGCAAGAUGUUUUUUGUCAUUUAUUAUUGUACUGAGGAAACAUAAAACUAUUAAAAAGUGACUUCUGUAUCA